GAAGAAGGCAGAGAGACUUUUGGGGCUUUUGGGGGCAAUGAAAUUUUAAUUAAUGUGGGUGGGCUGAGAGAAACACAACCAGUGUUUAUCAUAGACAAUUUAUUUUCCAGCACUAAGUCAACAUAAAGCAGUAAACGUGCAACAAUUAGGUUAACAUUGCUGCCUGGUGCAGGACAGCCAUGCAGACUGACUGACUCUCAGCAUCUCUAUGGAUCGCAGCUCCAGCACUUCAGAACCGGUGCGCGUUUAACGGGACUCAACAUGACCUUGUAUCACAGCCAGGGAUCCGCGGCUCUCAGCUUCACCAACUCGUCCCUGAUCUAUCUGUAUGGUGGGGAAGUCGGAGGCGUGAUACCGGCGCUCGGACUCGCCUCAGCCCGACAGGAAGCUCCACAGAAGCCUCCAUACAGCUACAUUGCGCUCAUCGCCAUGGCCAUCAAGAGCGCACCGGGCAAACGCGCCACGCUGAGCGGCAUCUACCAGUUCAUUAUGGACCGCUUUCCAUUUUACCAUGACAACAAGCAGGGUUGGCAGAACUCCAUCCGACAUAACCUGUCGCUGAACGACUGCUUCAUCAAGGUGCCCAGAGAGAAAGGGCGCCCGGGCAAGGGCAGCUACUGGACUCUAGACCCAAAGUGCCUGGACAUGUUUGAGAACGGCAACUACAGGAGGAGGAAAAGGAAGUCCAAGCUGCAGGAGCCGAGUGAAGCCAAACCGAGUCACAAACGAGCCCGAGGUCCGACUCUUCUAUCUCCAGGCACCAGCAAACUUUGCACAGGGGCGCACUUGGUGAAAGACGGGACUAAAGAAAAGGCACUCGCUGAAAUGGUGCUCCAAGAACAUCCACCUCGAGCUCACCAUCCGAGCUACUCAACACCCAACUCAGUGAAACCCUGCCGGGGCGCGCACCCGCGCAACGCGCGUCCCCGCUCCCCAAGCGCGUCUCCGCCGAAGACCAAACAUCACUCAGAACUGCUGUGUCCAGAGGUGCGCGCAAGCGCAGAAAGCACCUCGGGCACUCCGACUCUCGCGCAACUCCUUCCAAAAGACCUGACAGACGGAAAGAAGAUUUCAGACAACAAAUUUAGCAUAGACAGCAUUCUAGCCAAAAAGGUGACCCGGCUCCAGCGGAAGUGCGGCUGUGGAGGCGCAGAGUCUGCGUGUCUGGAAACGCGUCACCGCGCGCUCUCGUCCUCAGCCCUGUUUCCGACUGCGCACGCGCCGCACCUCUAUCCCAGAGCCUACCCGCUGUGCUCCUAUAUGUCCCUGGCGUGGCCCCAAACUCUGUUCCAGUACUGCGAGAACAGUGGUGAGAAAUUGGUCUGAGGACACGUUACCGAGGCAGCAAACUCGCAUCUGGAGCAGUUGUUUCUGAACUUCCAUAGCAAGGAAUCACUGCAGUGUGGGUGGUAAAAGAGAGCAACUGGACUUGCUUGAAGAUUCUUGAAGACGUUUCACCUCUCAUCCGAAAGGCCGUUCACAACCAGCCCCCAGCGACCCACACCAACAGGAUGACUCUAUGACACCUUAGACGAGCUUUUCAUCCAUGAGAGGAUAAAUACCUGAUGCUCCCUACCAGUCAGACAGAACUGAAGAAGCCUUUCGGAUGAGAGGAGAAACGUCUUCAAGAAUCUUCAAGCAAGUCCAGUUGCUCUCUUUUACCACCCACAGUUUACCAUGACCUGGAUGACUGAGAAUCUUCACAGACAUGCAGUGGAGAGAGUCAAGUCAAGUUUAUUUGUAUAGCGCUUUUAACAAUAAACAUUGUCGCAAAGCAGCUUUACAGAAUUUGAACGACUUAAAACAUGAGCUCAUUUUAUCCCUAAUCUAUCCCCAAUGAACAAGCCGGUGGCGACGGUGGCAAGGAAAAACUCCCUCAGACGACACCUCGAGAGGAACCAGACUCAAAAGGGAACCCAUCCUCAUUUGGGCAACAACAGACAACAUGACAUUAACAGUUUUAACAUGAAGUCAGUUUCGUUGAUGUUAUAAACUCUUCAUUGAUGGAAACUUGAGUGCAAAACUGUUCAUGACAACCGCAGUCCUAAAGUUAGCAAGUCAACUGUAGUCCUCAGCCAUAAAAGCAUUACUGUAAGUGUCCGGAGCAUCUUCCAAGUGUGACUUUCAACUGUCCGUAUGGGGCCGUCCUCCACAGGAGCGAUGCAAUGAGACUCCGACCAGAC